GUAGAGUACUAAAGAUAGUAAUCGGUAUAGUAGAGUAGUUAACCACUGUGGUAAAGUACACUCUACUUGCUUUUACCCCCACCAUCGUUUUUACUGUACUCUACCACCACUCUACUGGUGUAAACAGUCUAUUUUUGGUAUAGUAAAGUAAAAUAUUGUUGAUAUCGCCUGAACCGGCACAUGGAUUAUAUUUAUUUUUAAACUUUGUAAACAUUUUUAAUUUUGUUUAAUGUUUUUAAACCUUAUAAUAUAAUACUAUUCUACAUUUCUGAUCGUAUUGUAUUACAUCAUUUUACUUCAUUAUAAAAAAGGUUUUAAUAAUUUUUAAAAAUGAAGUGGUCUGAAAGUGACACGAUAGCGCUGGUGGAAUUGUAUGAAAAGCAUGAGUGUAUAUGGAAUAUUGGUUCUAAAGAUUAUAGAAAUAAAUUAAUGAGAGACGCUGCCUACGAAGAUAUCGUCAAGACACUUAAAAAAGAUAAUUUUGGCGUGACUGAAUUGAAACAAAAAAUAAAAAACUUAAGGUGUACUUACAACCAAGAACUAUUAAAAAUAAAAAAAUCACAGAAGUCUGGUAGUGGUGUUGAUGAUCUAUAUGUUCCAAAUAUAAAAUGGUUCAAAUUGAUGGAUUCAUUCAUGAAAAAUGUCAAGUCUGUGAAAAUUGGUUGUACACAGGACAAUGCAGAAAGUGGAGGUAAGUAAUAUUUAUUUUAUUGAUAUUACUUAACUGAUUUUCCUCUUUAAUUUGAGUUUAAUUGUUAAUGUAACUUGAAGUACAGUCAAUUUUACAAAUUAUGACUAUUUUACCAAAAUAUGCUGUUAAAACAACUAGUUUUAAA